AUGGCCGACAUUACCAUUACUGAUGACAUGCUUAAGGGCCUUGAAGACAAGGUCAUUUUGAUCACCGGGGGAUCCUCUGGAAUCGGCCGCGCAACUGCACAGCUGUGCCUCGACUUGGGCGCAAACGUCGUGAUUGGAGAUAUCCAACCCCCCAACCCCGAGUUUGAGAAAAACGAUAAGUUGAAGUUUUUGGAGGUCAACGUGACGGAAUGGGAGAGUCUGCGGAACAUGUUCGAUAAAGCGAAUGAGUGGUUUGGACGUAUCGACCAUGUUGUCGCCAACGCGGGAGUCGCCAACACUACCGACUUUCUUGACGUCACGCUCAAUGAAGCCGGUCAGCUUGAGCCGCCCAAUCUCCGAACUAUCAAUGUCAAUUUGUUGGGCUCGAUCUACACUCUUCGACUUGCCUCAGCCUAUAUGACCACUUUAGCGCGAGAGCGCCCCAUCGGAAAAGGAAGCAUUGUGCUCACUGCCUCCACUUCAUCCUUCCAGACCUUUAGCUCGGGCGACUACACAAUCACCAAACAUGGGGUUCUAGGCAUGAUUCGUGGCCUUGUUAGUCUCUUGCAAGCCCGCAAUAUUCGACUGAAUGCAGUUGCGCCUUCAUGGACGGCUACUGGCCUUCUUCCACCGGAGUACAUCGCCGCCAUGGGCCCUUCGGUUCAGACUUCCGAAGCUGUGGCCCGGAGUGUAGCACUGCUGCUCGCUGAGGAUCAAAGAUACGGCGAUGUCAUAUACAGCUGGGAGGGCAAAUUCCGGGAGAUCAAUAACGCGGAGGAGGGACUUCUUGAUGGGGCAGCCAAGCUCCUUGGAAACUUCGACAAUGAGGAGAGUGUCAUGCUGAAGUUGAGGGAAAUGGUAGCAAAGGCAGCUUGUGCCUGA